GUGACUUCCAAAUUCAGAACAGGAAGGACCGGUGUUUACAAUUGGGGAGAGCAGGAAGCAGAACAUUUGUGCGUGGCCAAUUUCUUGUUUUCAGAUCAUCUGUCUAAAGAAAAACGAUUAAAAUAAGUGAAACGGUUGCACUUGAUUACAAUGGCGGCGUCGGUUAACCCUAAAACCCAAGUGCCAUGAGUCAACGUGUCUUCGUUUCAGGACGUCAACGGUGCUGCUGCUGUACCAAUGUUGCAAUUGCAUGGAUAACUUCCUAGCGAGCUAGCUGUGCUAGCUAGCGUUAGCAUUCCAUUCCUUGCCAAGUAUCACCGUUGAACAGCCAUGGGCGCUGAGAACAGUGCCCUGCGGAGUGUGGUCUUGGAGGAGCCGCUGCUGACACUACCCUCCGGUCUCACCAUGUACUCCGCCAUCCUCCAGGACGGCAAGCCUGCCUCCGUGUUCGUUCAUAAACAAGGCAACGAGGACAAAGUUAGAAAGGCUGCAAAGCACCUGAAGACGUUGCGGCACCCGUGUCUGCUCCGCUUCCUGUCGUGCUCGGUGCAGAACGGGGGCGUGCACCUGGUGACGGAGCGCGUGCAGCCGCUGGAGAUGCUGCUGGACGAGCUGAGCCCCGAGGAGAUCUGCGCAGGCACCUACGACUUGCUCCAGGCACUGGUCUUCCUGCACGACCGGGGCAAGUCGAGCCACAACAACGUGUGCGUGUCCUCCAUCUUUGUGAGCGAGGAUGGCCACUGGAAGCUGGGGGGCAUGGAGGCCGUCUGCAAGUUCUCAGAGGCCACGCCAGAGUUCCUCAGCAGCAUUCAGGCGGUGCGGGAGAGCAGUGCUAUACCCCCUGAGGAGACGGUGGAGGGUUUCAAGGCUCUGCCGGAUCAGCACGCUCACGCUCGAGACGCGUUCUCCUUCGGGGUGGUGCUGGAGACUCUGUUGCCACUGCUCAGUGGAUAUGUGUCUGAGGAGGUGUCUGACAGUCUGAGGACCACGCUGCAGGCCAGUCUGCUGUCCCCCGACCCCGACAAGAGACCCCCCCUCAGCUCGCUGCUCACACACGACUUCUUCAGGAAUGACUUCCUGGACAUCACCAAUUUUCUGAAGAGCCUGACGUUGAAAACUGAAGAGGAGAAAAAUGAGUUUUUCAAGUUCUUGCUGGACCGAGUGCAGGGGCUCCCUCAGGAGUUGCUAGCCUCUCGUCUGGUUCCUCAGCUGCUCAACACUCUGGUGUUCGCCGAGCCCACCGCUGUUAAGAGCUUCCUACCACACCUGCUGCGACCCAAGAAAGAUUGUGUAGACGUUGAGGAGUGCUUGCUGUCGGAGACGCUGUACCAGAAGCACGUGGUGCCUCAGCUGCUGAAGCUCUUCAAGGUGAACGAGGAGCACGUCAGGAUGGUGCUGCUGCUGCACAUUCACAUCUACGCCCCUUACUUCACCCACGAGCAACUCAAGAACCACAUCCUACCUCAGGUGCUGUGUGGGAUGCGGGACACCAACGACUCCCUGGUUGCCAUGACGCUGCAGAGCCUGGCGGUGCUGGUGCCGCUGCUGGGGGCGCAGGUGGUGGUGGGCGGGGAGAGGACCAAAGUCUUCAAGAGGACCACGCCCGGCUUCAGCAAAUCCACCGACGUCACCCCCGACACCUCUCCAGUCCACAUCGUGACCCCGCUGCAGUGUCAGCCCUCCAAGGUCCCCAGCCUGCUGCCUCCUAAGCACGCUCCCCCCACAGACUCCCUACUCAUGCAGGACACCCUGACUGCCCUGCAGACCGCCAGGAAUGACAAAAAACUCUCCACGGCACGGGAACCAGCUCUCAGCAGAGCCAUGACGUUACCCUUGAACGGCUACAGCGAUCUGAAGGAGAAGACUGUUCCAGAGAGAGCCAUUAUAGGGGACGCGCUACUUGGCCAGCCGGACGGCUCACCGGAGGACUGGCCCGAUUGGAGCGACGCAGAGGACGGCGAGAGGAAACCCAAUCAGCCGGUACAGAUCCAGAUAAGACCCGGCCCAGACAGCCCUGGGCAGCCAGUCGGAAGGCCGGAAAGGCAGGAAGAGGUGGUGGAGGCGGAGGCGGAAGAGGAGCCUUGGGACGACUUUGAGGACGAGGAAGUGACGUCCGACCAGUCGCCCACCACACCCUUGCCACCCAUGCCAAGGGAGAAACCAGUAGCGGUACCAGUAGCAGGAGCAAGAGGGGGGACACCACAGUCAGGUGCAGCCCACAGCCAGACCCAGAGCCUGACCCAGGGCUCCAAAGCACUCAAGUUGGCGUCCGCCCCUAAAGUGGCCUUUUCCUCACCACCUCCGCCCAGCACAGAUGCAUCAUGGGACAGCUGGGAACAGCCAGUGCAGGAGGACAAUAAAGCGGACAGAGUUAAGCCUAAAGCGAAAUCCAUCGCCGACACAUUCAAGUCAAAAGCUGCUGGUGCCGGUGCUGGUGUUGGUGGAGGGGGAGGGGUACUAGGAGAGGAGUUCACCAUCAUGGUGAAGAAGAAGCCGGCGGUGGACCCGGAGCUGGACUUCUUUGCUGACAUGGAGCCGGAUAUCCAGCUGCCGUCCUCCGCGGCUGCGUUCCUGCUGGCGGCCCCCUCCUCGGGGACCAGCGAUCCUCACGGGGUGGCACAGGCCGGCACGGAGAACUCCACAGGGUUGCCUGUGGUGUCUGGGUUGGGCUCGGACCUACUACGGACAGACACCAGGACGGACGCCAGUGCCCUCUCUCUCACCGGCAAAUUCGCAGCAGAGGAUGUUAGCGAGGCUGACGCUGAAGGAGGCUGGGGAGACGGCGAUGACCUGAACUGGGAGGACGAGAAUGCUUGGUGAUGACCUUUGAACUCCUAGAGUAAAGCCAUAGUGGAUAAAGAGAGACUGAGGGAGAUAUGGGCCUGCUCUUCUUCAGGCUCCACACAAGAGGAGUCAGUGCCCUGCAGGAGUUGGUGGUCUCCUAACCGACAUGCUGUUAUGAUGGUGGACCUUAGGACCGUUACAAUCAAAAGUGUGGAAGGACAUUAUUAUGGGUUUUUAAGUUUCUGAAAGUUUUUUGUUUUAUUUUAUUUUUUUCCUUUUAUGAUGAAGUUCCAACUCAUUCUGUCAGAUGGACAUACGACUGAGAAUGCGUAUAGAGAGAAUGCAUAUUUUUUCCUAGUUCAUACUCCAAUGAACAAUAUAACGAUAAUGGACAUCUUGUCUGUAUCCAUGUCAGCAAGUCUGACUCACUAUUAGAUCUGUUCUAUAUUUUGUAGAAACUCUGCCAAAAAGAAGCUCCCGUCAGAACGCAACCAAAUCAGCCAUGAAUAUAACCCCCCCUCCCUCCUAGAAGUCUCCCCUCAAGAUGCAACCCAAUGAACAGACGUCCCUGUUAAACAAUUACUGCAUUUCUCCAUCCAGUGGACAAUAAUGAAAUUACUGGAUAAACACAAUUUGGAUUCCUUGAUCUGAUGGGACAAAAGCUCCUGCAUACACUGCACAGUUCCUUCAUCCAGUGAACAGAGGGUUUCUUGGCAGAGGUGGCCAUCCCAGGUUCAGGAAGUAUAAAAACUUUGCCACAUUUUCUAUCCAGUCAGCUCAAAAGCAACUGAUUUUAAUGAGUUCUCAGGAGAGGUAGAUCAUUAGCCUGAUUAUCAACGACUUUCAAAUCUUUUUGAGAAUUGGUCUGACCAAGAGCAUAACAAUUUACAUUUCCCAAACGUUUGACCAGUCUCCCUUAAUUUGCUAAUGGUUGUUUGCUUCCCGACAAACUGGGAGGAGUUCCCGGUUUUUCAGAAGCUCAGAAACGACAUUUGUAUUGCUCUUGGCCUGACCAGAAGCAACACUAGGAGGGCGCAGCCUGGCUUGUAGACCAUCUGAGUCAUCUGGGCUGCAUUUCUGGAAAGCAUAGUUACUAACUACAUUAGCUACUUUGUUAUUUGCAAUGCCAUUUCCCAUUGACAACUACCGAAGCUGCUAACUGGCUAACAAUUACGCCUUCGAGAAACGCACACCUGUGUUGGUUGGAAGGAAACUGGCAGCGUUUUAACUUCUGAGCUGGGGUUGGGACACUUGGAAUAGACGCCACUGUAUUCCUUUUCCUUUUUCUUUUGUUGUGCCAUGAAACCCUGAGCUGGAGCCAUGACUGUAAGCCUUAUGAGCCAGUACAACACACACACACACACACACACACACACUCUCACACACAGUCAAACCGACAGACAGAGAUCGCAUUAGUGACACAGAGCACUCACGACUUGCCAGGUUACGAAGUUGAGAUUGGGGUGGGUAUGUGUGUAUGUUAUGAAUGUGUAUAUGCAAAUGAGUGAGUGAAGGAUGCACGGAUGGACUUGUGAAAUGGACAGAUUGACAUAGAUAUAAUUUAUUUGUAUUUUUUGGCUGGAAGUGAAAAUAAAGUUUUAUGGUAUGGUAUCUGA